CUUAAAAUCAUAGUCAACUGUUGGCAACAUUAAUUGUUUUGUCAAAACUCCAGUCAAACAAACGAACAUGGAUUCUUUGGCUGAAGAGUCUGAAAAUACUUUUCAAUUUAACGAAAAUGAAUGCAAUAAAACAAACUGCAAUACAUUUAAAAAUGGCUCAGAACAUAGUAACAAUAUUGUGCAUAAAUUAUUUAACAGAGAGAUAUAUGGGAGCACUUCAAGAAAAUCCAAUGAUAGAAGUCGUAAAAUGUUUGAUAAAAUUCCACCACGGUUAAGGUUUUGUCUUAUGGAUAUAGUACCUAUAUCAUACCUCAGGAAACACGUUUUUAUGGGCUUUUCACAAUGCGGACAGUUCCUACUCAGUUUUACAUAUAGUUGCAAUAAUCAAGUUUACUUCAGGGAAAGUUCCAAAUUCAAGCUUCAUUUUUUAUCAUGGGUCCCAGGCAAGGUGGUCAGACCUGUUCAUAGUGUGCCAUUGUUUGGUGAUGACUGUGUUGACAGCAAGGUGACAAUCUCCAUGGCUCAGUGGAAACAUAACCCAGGAGUUCUUGUUGUGUAUGGCAUAGCAUUUUCAUGCUCAGAAAGGUCCUACCUCAGUGUUAUUGGUGUACCUCGUUUAGGAUGUAAGAAAUGUGCGGCGUAUUCAAAAGAAGAAGAUGAUGCACAUUGGGGUAAAAGAUGUUUAGAACACAAUUUUGCUAUCCACACAAAGUUUUUCUGCACAUCUGAUUCUAGUAUGUACGAACCAGUAGUGCAGUUGGCAUAUUCAAAUCAAAUUAUAAUCUACACAGACUUUAUCCAUAUACUGGAAAUUGAUUUUGUUGACCCAGACCAAGAUCGCAAUGAGACAAAUGAUUACAAUAAAUUUGCAUUAGACAGGGAUGACAUAAACUCUAUGGACACAAAUCCAAGUACACCUGCCUCAGAUGUGUCAGCACCUUUUCAGUCACCGAAAUAUCAGAAUAAUGUAGUGCAAAACAUUUUAGCUGAUUUCUCAGACCUAGAAGCAGAACCCUAUCAAAUGUCGCGACCUGUGCAUUUAUCAGAUAUGAUGGGACAAGAACUGUGCAUACAGGCUUCCUCUAUAUCACAUAACUUGGUUGAAGAGUGGGAGGGACCGUCUCCGUCCAUCAGAACAUUGAUUAGUCCACCUCUAAGGUCGCCUAGAAGACGACCGGCCGAAAGCAUGUCACGUUUUAAUGAAACACAUAGGACUAUCGCUGAAAAAGCUUACGAAUUUGUCGAGGAGACGGAUACGAAGUGCGAGAAACUUAGUAUAUUUCGUAAGAGAAGACUAGCUGAUAAAAAGUACGAAUUUUCGGAAGACAACAACGAAAACAUUGUUCCUUUCAGAGUGUUAAGGAGUAAUAGGAAAUAUUUUAUAGGAUCGGCUAGCAAAAGUCAAACGAAGCGAGCGAAGUCACCUCCGACGGAGAGUGUAGUAUUGAGAGCUCACAAUCAGAUAAGCAGGCCGACGUCUCCUACCACGAGCUGUGACUUGAAAAAUCCUGGACUGUCUGCUCUAGAGUCGGACAGGAACAGCGAGUCGGAGUACAGAGUUAUGGAAAUGUUGGACGACGGCUCGCUCAAGACGGUCGCGGUUCACGACAACACGUCCAAGACUCUGUCGGAUAUUCCCGUCAGUCCACAAGACCCCUACCUCGUGCACUCGGAGAAUUCUAAAUGCAGUAAAUUCUUCACCAGAUACUUUGUCGAAAGCGAUGACGAGAUCACUUCUAUUAUCACCGACUCUGAAGACGACUGCAUGUCGGGAUACCACGUGGCGCUGCACCUGACGGCGCACGGGGCGCGCUACGUGCCGCUGCAGGCGGUGAGCGCGGGCGCGUGGGAGCGCCUGCCUGCGCGCCGCACGGUGCGAGCCACGCAGCGCUCGCUCGACACCGAGCUGCUGUGCAACGAGGUGUGCGGCCGGCUGUGCCACCUGCAGGGCAUCAAGUUCAUCUACUGCUUCGACUGGGGCUGCCACGUCAUCGACGUCUGCCACUCCAGCGGCUGCCUCUCAGGGCUGUGCGCGAUGUGGCUGUGGGCGAGCGAGGAGGCGGGCGCUGGGGGCGCGGCGAGCGAGUGCGACGCCUGCAGGACGGUCAGCGCCGGCUGUCUCUCCCAUCGCAGACAGUAUGCCGCUGAGUGUCUAUUCGUGUGGGAUCUCGUGACCGGCGUGUACAGAACUGAAAGAGUUUCCAUGACUGAAGAUGACAGCCAAGAAGGUUCUAGAGUGUCAGGUGCGGAGCGAGCGCGCGAGCUGGCCAAGCGGCUCGGGCCCAUCAACAUGCCGCCCGGUAACGAGAACAGGCUGCUCACUACACUUACUGGAAAAUCAUUAAAAAGGCUGACAGAUGUGGACAACUGCAUCGAGAUAACAAAGAACCAUCCCGACAGUUCUGAGUCCGAGUCCUCCUCGGAGGAGGACAGCGAGUACGACUGAUGACGUCACACGGGGUACAGUGAGGAUUGAACCAGUGUACUGAUCAGUGUUGCUAUCAAACAAGCCCACCUAAAAACUUCGAAU